AAGGUUCUAUCAUUCUGGCCAAAGUUGUGAACAAGUUGGCAGAUGUGGAAAAUGAAUUAGAUGAUACACAGAAAACGAAGUUGGGAAAAAUUAUAGAUGAAUGCAAUGACAGCUUGGCUCUAUUUGGACAUGCAAACAAACAAGUAAAUAUGACAAGACGUGAGUUUAUAAAACCAGAAUUAAGAUACGAAUACUUGCACUUAUGUGCACAAACUGUACCUUAUACGUCUUGGUUAUUUGGUGACGAUAUUUCAAAAACUGCAAAAGAAAUUGAAGAUUGCAGCAAGAUUGGUCACAAACUGAACAGAGGUGGAUCAUUCCGAGGGAGAAUGAGAGGACGUUUCAGAGGUCCUGGUCGUAGACCUAGAGGACGUGGAAAUUAUUACAACAACAACACUGCAUACAAUCCUAACUAUCCAAACAGAAGUAGUGGCCAAUUCUAUCCAAAAAACUUCAAGAAGAGCAAUACGACACUGUCACAGCAGAAAAACAAGAAUCAAUAAAGAAUGAGUCUGAUGGGCUUGUGCAUCAAGAAGAUUCAGGAAGACCGGGCAAGAGGGAUUAUCAUUGCCCCAUUAUGGCCCACUCAGACUUGGUUCACAGGAUUAAUGAAAAGUAUAGUCAAGAAUCCAAUUUUACUUCCGAGAAAGAAGGAUCUACUUUUAAACCCUCACAAAAAAGAGGCUCAUCCUUUGUGGGAAAAAAUGACCUUGAUUGCAUGCCAAGUGUCCGGCGAACUUACAGAAACCUUGGAUUUUCAAGAACAACUACCUCCAUUAUUAUGGCAUCAUGGAGAACCGGUACUAAAAAACAGUAUCAAACGUUCAUUAAAAGAUGGUUUCAGUACUGCUUUGAAUGGAAAAUUGAUCCAAUUUCACCAUCUGUAAACAAUAUUUUGGAAUUCUUGACUUUACUUUUUGAUAAUGGACUGAGUUACAGUUCUCUCAAUACAGCUCGAGGGGCUUUGUCAGCUUUGGGCAUAAAGUUAGAUGGAACCAGUGUUGGAUCCCAUGCUCUUGUUAUCAGAUAUAUGAAAGGUGUAUAUAAUAUUAGACCAACUAAACCCAGAUAUUCUGGAACAUGGGAUGUAUCCUUAGUGCUACGACUGUUGAAGAAAUGGUCUCCUGUGAAGAAUUUAAGUUUGAAACAGUUAACAUUGAAACUUGUAAUAUUAAUCGCUUUGACAA